AUGAUAAGCAUAGGAUUCAUUUUCUAGAUCCUAGGAUCACUUGCAAAUUUCAUAAUUUAUUGCUUCAAUGAUGAUGUUUACACUUGGAAGCUGCAGUCAGUCCUAAAUCGUUUAGGGAAGAGCUUAUUCUUGGACAUUAUAAAUCCUUUGCCUGAAUACCCAGAGGGAUAUAAUUGGACAUUAGAGCAGCAGAUAAGAAACAGAGGAUAUCAGUUUGAGAGACACGAGAUAUAAACAGAGGAUGACUAUAUUCUCACAGCAUUUAGAAUUCCAGGAAAACUUGGUGAAGAAAAUAAGCAGAGGAAUAAAUACCCAAUAUUUAUGCAACAUGGAUUAAUUGAUAUGUCUGGCACUUGGUUUUUUAACAAGAAAGAGAAGAGUCUUGCGUUUUAGCUAUCGGAUUAAGGAUACGAUGUUUGGAUGACUAAUAGUAGAGGAACAGUUCCCAGCAAUAAGCACAUGAAGUACACAAUUAAAGAUCAUUAAUUUUGGGACUUCACUGUGCAUGAAAUGGCCUUGUAUGAUGUUCCAGCAAAUUUGAAAUACAUUUUAGAUAAGACUAAGGCUACACAAGUUAUUUAUAUUGGCCAUUCCUAAGGUACUACUCAAUGGUUUUUGGCAAAUAUUUUAGAUAAAGAUUUGACUUAAUAUUUUAAAGUCUUUGUUGGUGUGGCUCCUGUAAUGUCAGUAAAUCAUAUGACUAGCUUUUUAUCAUAAACUUUGGAUGCUAUGAAUGCAGCUGCAAUUGCCAGUGAAGUUAGCGAUUCUAUACUAUAUGCUCCCAACAUUGCUAGUUUUGGAUCAACUUUAACCCAUUAUCUUCCAAGGACACUGCCAAUGAUGUCUAGAAACGAUGUUGGAGGUACAUCAACAAAGAAUCUUCUGUUUUGGAAUCAAAUGAUUCAUGAAAAGAGGCUUGGGUAUUUCAACUAUGGAGAAAAAGAGAAUAUGAAACGCUAUAACUAAACUCAGCCUCCUGACUACGAUGUACAAGAGAUUCAAUGA